GCCGCAGACAUGGAGAAACUCAGCGCGCUGCAGGAACAGAAGGGCGAGCUGCGCAAGCGGCUGUCCUAUACGACGCACAAGCUGGAGAAGCUGGAAACCGAGUUCGACUCCACGCGCCACUACCUGGAGAUCGAGCUGCGGCGCGCGCAGGAGGAGCUCGAGAAGGUCACCGAGAAGCUGCGCCGGAUUCAGAGCAACUACCUGGCUCUGCAGAGAAUCAACCAGGAGUUGGAAGACAAGCUAUACCGCAUGGGUCAGCACUAUGAAGAGGAGAAACGGGCCCUGAAUCACGAGAUAGUUGCCCUCAACAGCCACCUGCUAGAGGCCAAGGUGACCAUCGACAAGCUGUCGGAGGACAACGAACUCUAUAGGAAGGACUGCAAUCUAGCGGCUCAGCUGCUGCAGUGCAGCCAGACCUAUGGCAGGGUCCGUAAGGUGUCCGAGCUGCCCUCGGAUUUCCAGGAACGAGCGAGCCUGCACAUGGAGAAGCUUGGCUGCAGCCUGCCCACCUCUCUCUGCCACCCGGCCUAUGCGGACAGCGUGCCAACCUGUGUCAUCUCCAAGGCCCUGGAGAAGCCGGACCCUGGCAGCCUGUCCUCCCGCCUGUCGGACGCCUCGGCCCGCGAGCUGGCCUUCCGCGACGGGCUGGAGAAGCCGAGCCCGCGGCCCCCAUACAAGGGGGACAUCUACUGCAGCGACACGGCCCUCUACUGCCCCGAGGAGCGGCAGCGCGACCGGCGGCCCAGCGUGGACCCGCCCGUGAGCGACGUGGGCUUCCUGCGGGCACAGAACUCCACCGACAGCGCAGCCGACGAGGACGAGGACGAGGAGGCCCGGGCGGCCGCCUUCCCCAGCGGCUUCCGGCAUGACGCCUUCCCAGCCUACGCAGGCUCGCUGCCCACGUCCAGCUCGUACUCCAGCUUCAGCGCCACGUCCGAGGAGAAGGAGCAGGCCCAGGCCAGCACGCUCACCGCCUCGCAGCAGGCCAUCUACCUGAACAGCCGCGACGAGCUCUUCGAGCGCCCACCGCCCGCUCCGCCAGCCUACCAGGGCAGCCCGCGCUUCGCCAAGGCCGCGGCCGCGGUGGCCGGCCCACUCGAGGCCGAGGUGGCCCCGGCCUUCGCGCGGACCGUGUCCCCCUACCCGGCCGAGCCCUUCCGCUUCCCGGGCUCCCCGGGCCCCCAGCAAGCCCUGAUGCCCCCCAACAUGUGGAGCCUGCAAGCCAAGCCGGCCUCGGCGCGGCUGUCCGGGGAGGACCUGCGGGCCCAAUGGCGGCCGGUGAGCGUGGAGGACCUGGGCGCCUACUCCUACCCGGCCUCGGCCGCUGGCCGCGCGUCCCCCUGCAGCUUCUCCGAACGCUACUACGGCGGCGCCGGGGGCAGCCCGGGCCCGAAGGCCGAGGGCCGCGCCAGCCCCCUCUACGCCAGCUACAAGGCGGACAGCGGCUCCGAGGGCGACGACCUCGCCCAGGGCCACCGGGCUGAGCCCUGCUUCCGGAGCCCCGGGCGCUCGGCCGAUCCGCUGCCCGGCUACGCGCCCAGCGAGGGCGACGGGGUGCAGCUGUGCGGGGCGGCCGGCAGCCCGGAGCCCGAGCGCGGCCACGGCUACGGCAGCGAGCACAGCCCUCACAGCUCCCGGGACUCGCUGGGACCCAGCUCCAUGGAGGCCUCGCCCGAGAUGCGGCCUGCAGCCCUGCUCAGCCCCCAGCAGGCCUUCCCUAGGACUGGGGGCUCGGGUCUGAGCCGCAAGGACAGCCUGACCAAGGCCCAACUCUAUGGCACCUUGCUCAAUUGA